UUUUAAGGUGUCCUGCUGUUUUUAUGAAUCACUACAGUCCAUUUCUUCAGUGUAUCUUCGGACCAGUGCUUGGACAUCAUGAAGGUCGCUUCGUUCAACGUCCAGAAAUUUGGGAAAUCAAAACUCUCUGAUCCGGCCGUGGUGAAAACCCUGAUCAAGGCAAUUGUGUCACGCUAUGACAUUAUCGUCAUUCUCGAGGUGGUGGAUUCUAGCGGAGCUGCAGUGGAUCAUUUUCUCAAAGAGCUGAAUAAGUCCAACAAGACAGAUCCUUACAAGAUGGAGAUCAGCACACGCCUGGGAAGAGGGAAUUACAAAGAACAGUUUAUGUUCCUUUACAGGAUCAGCAUGGUGGAUUUGGUUGGGUCUUACCAAUACGAUGACAAACAGCCUGGAGAUGAAGAUGCUUUUGCCAGAGAACCUUAUGUUCUGCGAUUCAAGUGUCAUAAAACAGUGUUGAAGGAUUUGGUGCUGAUGCCCGUCCACACAAAGCCUGAGGAUUCAGUGAAGGAACUCGAUGAACUGUACGACGUGUUUCAGGAUGUCAAGAAGAAGUGGAAGACUGAUAACAUCAUGAUUUUGGGGGACUUCAAUGCAGACGGUAGUUAUGUGUCUGAUAAAGAGAUGAAAACAAUCCGCAUCCGCAGUGACAAAGACUUCCAUUGGCUGAUCAAGGAUGACGAGGACACCACAGCCAGCACACGCAACGACAACACUUACGACCGGAUUGUGGUUUAUGGAGACGAUAUGCUGGACGCUGUUGUUGCAAAUUCUGCAAAACCAUUCAACUUCCAGAAGGCCUUCAAACUGAAAGAUGAGGAGGCACUGAAAGUGAGUGAUCACUAUCCAGUAGAGGUGGAACUGAAGAAUAAACGUAAGACACACAAUACAUCAGCAAAAUGACUCAAACUUACAUAAUGAAAAGAAACAAUAACAAAAGACGUGUGUGUUCAGGUUAAUCAAAGAGGAUUGAACAUUUGGAGAC